UUGUUCUCAUCCGUUGUUGUUCAAUUAAGAACAACAUGAAGCUCCUCCGGCAUAACGCUGUGUUCUCCCUCAUAAAGUUGUUAAACUGCUGUCUCUCUCCGGCGAUCUCCUUUCCCACGGCGAGCAACCACCCCUCGGUCAUCAUGUCUGAGAAGCCUUCCGUCACCGAUUCAACGUCAUCUUCUCCAACUCCGCACUUGGCGUUCACGACGAUCUCGAACGUGAAGCUCCAUGUGCCGAUUCUCCUAAGCUUCUCCGAGCCCAACUACAAAAAGUGGAGCCGGCUCUUCCUCCUCCUCAUUCGAAGGUUCUCUCUGGGUGAUUUUCUCACUGGCAAGUCGUCUCCUUCCAGCGCCGACGACUCGGAAUGGUUCCAGCUUGACGCCCUCAUACAAGGUUGGAUCCUCUCCACGGUUAAUGAUGAAAUUUGCGAUCUUGUUCUCUCUACAACCAACUCCGCAUCCGAGCUUUGGAAAGCCAUCUAUAACAUCUUCCACGACAACAAGCCGGCCCGGGCGAUGCAACUUGAACACCAAUUCCGCACCACCACAAAGGGUCCUCUCUCCAUUGCCGCUUAUUGUCAAACCCUAUGGAAUCUUGCGGAUUGGUUGGAUGAUGUAGAUGCCCCCGUCUCCGAACAACAACUUGUUCUUCAAGUCUUGCGUGGUCUCCCGGAUGAUCUUCGAAGACAAACGUCGUUCUUUCAAUACCAAACGCCGCCCCCGACCUUUCUCCAAACCCGCUCGGCCCUCCUCUUAAUUGAACAACAACGGGCUGAACUGGGCGUCGGUAGCAACACGGGGGACGGCGGCACGGUGUUAUACGCCGGCAGUGGAGGCCCACUGCGACAAGGCAGCGCUGGUGGCGGGCGGUCAGAAUCUAGUGGCGGGGGAGGCUUCGGGCAGCAGCAGUAGUAUUCCCGGCAUCGUGGCGGUUCAUCUCGGGGUCGUGGUCGCGGCCGCAGCUCCGGAUCAAAUGCACGGAACACUUUCGGGCAGCCCUCCGGACAGUUCACCUACCAAAACUCUAACCCGGGCCUUCUAGGCCCGCGGCCAAACCCCUACCCGCACCCCCAACACCCACAAGCCUAUUUUUCUACCCCUCACCCACCCCACGNCCUCCGUGAUCCCAAUUGGUAUAUGGACACCGGCGCCACUCACCACAUUGCCUCGGACCCAGGUACUCUUUCUCAUGUUCGUACUCAUUCAUUAAAUUCUUCAUCAUAUA